AUGGUAGCUGUACGGAUUAGAAAAUAUAAGAAUUUACUGUUCUUCGCCCUGCUGUUUGCUGGUGUGCUGUCUAUUUCGACCAUCUUUUAUUCAAAUCAUUACCAGAUUAUGAAUACUGGAACAAGGUCUGAUGUGAACACAGGUUUCAGUUAUUCAAAUGCCAACAGUUCAAAAUAUGUUAUUUAUAUCUGUGAUGGGAAGAACUCAUGUGGAGGAUAUGGUGAUAGACAAAAAGGAAUUGUGGCUUCAUAUAUUAUAUCUGUUAUGAUGAACAGACAAUUUGGUGUAAUAAUGAACGAUUCGUGUGAUAUAAAACAAAUGUUCAAACCGAAUCAAAUUAACUGGAUAGUGGAUAAUAAUGAUAUUAAAAGUAAAACUUCAAAGAGAAUUAAGGCUCUAGAUGGUUAUUCCGACAAGUUGAGGAAAUCCAUGAUAGAAAUGGAUCUAGAUCAAGAAUAUAAAGAAGAAGUAAUAUAUUUUUCUUUAAAUUUAGAAUUCGUGUUUUAUCUCCGACAAAACAAAAGAUAUGAAAAACAGUUAAAGUGGUUGGAGCACCUGUCAAUGUCAGAAAUAUAUAAUGUAGUAUGGCAAAGUAUUUUUAAGUUAAGGCCAUACAUUCGAGAAAAACUUGACCCUUUUUUAGAUCUGAAAAAACAAGGACUAAAAUUGAUCAGUGCUCAGAUACGACUUGGAAAAAAUCCAACGAUUCCACAUGACUCUAGAGUGGUAAAUAGUUUAAACAAUAUGAAUGUUUUAUGGCAAUUUUAUAAAAAAUAUAAUGACAGUUCUAAAUAUAGAAUAUUUAUUAGUACUGAUAGUGACACUGUUCGAGAAAAAGCCAGAUCCAUAUUUCCAGACGUCUAUUCUGAUGUCCCAGGUAAAGUGUUCCAUGUUGAAAGAUCAAAUAAAACUGAUAUAUGCAAUGGUUGGCGUAAAGUGAUACUAGAUCAAGUAAUUCUUAGUCUGUCUGAUGUUUUAGUGAUAAGUAAUAGUGGAUUUGGGAGAAUAGCUGCAUUUUUUCGACAAAAUGAAAAUGAUUUAUACUGUUUGAAUCUAGAUAAAAUACGUCGUUGUACUACACAAUCUGAGAUAUUUGUAGACAAAACAUGGUGA